AUGUUUUUCCUCCUUUACUUAUUUUUAUUUCUUUCCUAUUCUUAUUCCGAUAUUUGUAAUCGGAAAUUAUAUGAAACAAAAGUCGAUAAAAAGCCAGGCGAUAAAGGUUUUGUUAUCGAGAUUUCAAGUGCAACUAACACGACAAAUUUUCAACCGCAAGGCUAUAUACCGAGUGAAAGUUAUAUAAUAAAAUUACGCGGUUGGCGCACAAAAUUCACUGUGGAAACAUUUCGCGGAUUUGGGAUUUAUGCGCAAUAUGAAAAUGAUAAGCCGGCUGGAAAAUUCGAUCUGCAAGGAAGAAAAGGAGAAGCUCGUAUAGCACCAAAUUGUCAAAAAGCUGGCGUUUCCCAUUCAAACAUUCGGCCUAAGACUUCAGUACAUGUUUUAUGGCGCGCACCAGAUACCACAAAAGAUGGAUGUGUUAUCUUCCGUGCUUCGGUUAUCAUAGCCAAAACUCUCUGGUAUGCUGAUGAUGGAUCACUUACAAAAAAAUUUUGCCUUAAAGAGGACUUCCAACAAUCAAUGCCAGUGGGCGACUCAAGAAUAGAAUGCUGUGCUUGCGAUGAAGCCAGCUAUGAACUUGAAUUCAUAGGACUUUGGUCCAAGGACACUCAUCCUAAGGACUAUCCAACGCUGGAACAUUUAACACAUUUCACUGAUAUGCUUGGAGCUAGCCAUAGUGCAAAUUAUACAAUGUGGAAAUUUGGUGAGAUCUCCACUGAUGGUAUGAAAGAAAUCGCUGAAUGGGGAAAUACUUAUAAAGGAGAGCAAGAGAUGAAAGCUAAUGCUAAAGAAAUACGAACGCUGAUGAAAAUUAAAGGACUAUGGUAUCCAGAAGUACAAGGAAGAACUAAAAGCUCGUUUGUUGUUAACAAAUAUCACAAUCUCGUAUCGCUGGCCGCAAUGUUCGGUCCGUCGCCAGAUUGGUGUGUCGGUAUUUCAUCUAUAAAUCUUUGCAUGCCCGACUGCACAUGGGCUGCUGAAAGAAAUUUCGAACUAUUGCCAUUUGACGCUGGUACAGAUAGUGGCCCAACUUACAUGUCACCAAAUAAUCCAACUGAACCUCGUAUCCCAAUUCAUCCAAUAACAACGAAGUUAGAUAAGUUAUCGCCAUUUUACAACGAAGAGACUGAUGUGAUACCGCCUAUGGCUCGAUUAAUACUGAGAAGAAAAGCAGUUAUUAAAUCUGAAUGUAAAGGUAUUGAAGACUACCAAAAAGAAGCUUUUAAUGCGACUAAUACUAGCGAAGACGAGGAAUACAAAGACCGACGCGAAUGCUUGAUGACGAAUUGGGAACCGUGGUCACUAUGUUCAGCGACAUGUGGCAAGGGAAUUCGUAUGCGUUCCAGAGUUUAUGUAUUUCCUAUAAAAGCUCAAAUGUUCCAUUGUCAUCGACAAAUAAUUGAGAGACAAUUUUGUAACGCAAAAAUCAGCGAAUGCCAAGGUGUGAAUAAAAGCAAUCUCCAGUAUAACGUACAAGUACAAGUAACACUAACUGGAUGUUUUCCACCGUUAAUCCGGCAUUAUUUUUUUACUGCAGACUCCGAAGCCUUUAAUUCUGGAUGUGCAGUUAGUAGUUGGGGACAGUGGUCUGUUUGCAGCGUCACGUGUGGUAAUGGUGUUCGCUCAGCAACUCGAAUAUUCAAACAGCCUGAUGCUGAAAAAAGAUGUCCACAUGUUGAGUUGGAAAAGAAAGAUAUAUGCAUUGGUGAGAAUGGAAUCGAUUGUACGAUGACUCCAGACCCACUUUGUCGCACAACUUUAUGGAGUGAAUGGUCACCAUGUAGUGCAUCGUGCGACAGUGGUGUUCACGUUCGAACCAGACUUCUUUUCUACGCUGAACAUGAGCAACAUUGUUCGCAAGUCAAUUUACUUGAACAGCGAGAGUGCUCGUUGCAAAGUUGUAGGAGACUUUUUAGUGCUCAUUCUGAAGAAAUUUGCUUGGAAGAUAAACAAGAAGGCCAAUGUGGAGGAAUAUAUCCUCGUUUUUGGUACAACGCUACAUCUAAACGAUGUGAACGUUUCAUCUAUACAGGAUGCAAAGGCAACAGAAAUCAGUUUGAAACAGCCGAUGCAUGCAAACGAAUGUGUUUAGAAGGAUAUGAAAGUCCACACGGAGAAGUUGUACCUGGUCAUCAGCUUGUCAAUGAGUUUGGUGGAAAUGAGGUUGAUGAUGGUGGACAGCCGAUUGACUGUAUUAUAUCUGAAUGGACUCCAUGGGGAAAUUGCUCCGUGCCUUGCGGAACGGGUAAAAGAAAGCGUUCUAGACAAGUCGAAAUAUUCCCUAGAAAUGGAGGAAAAUCAUGUCCAAAACAUUUGGUUCAAGAAAUUCGCUGUGAUAUGCCCAACUGUGACUUGAGAAAAUGCUAUGUUGAAAAUUGGUCUGAAUGGUCAGAUUGCUCUGUCACUUGUUUUGAAGGGAAGCAAUUUCGUCGAAGGAUUAUACAUCGACCUAAAAAUCUGGAAGAGGCUGAGAAAGACAUCAAUUGUGCAGCGGCACAGUCUGAAACAAAAUCUUGCUAUCUUCCCUGCUAA